AGUGAAGAGGCACCAGGAUGCAGCCUGAACUCCCAAAGGUCUCUGAAACCAGAAGCAACACGGGACACUCUGAGAAGCCCACGCGUCCACCGAUCUCCAGACCGCUGUCCGUGUGGCUUCCUGGGUGCUUUGCUAUCACGCUGCAUGUGUUCUCCUCAAGAGUCAUGAGCGCGUGUGUCCUCCCGCGGCGCCGUGCUCCGUGACCUCUUUCACAGCCUGAAGGGUUUUAUUCCAAUGCUGAAGUUCUUUGUGUGUGCACUCAUUUCCCCCCCAGCGUGUCCCUGCAGCCCCCCUUAAUUCCAUUUCAUGGGAGCUCGUUUUCCUCAAGGUGGCUCCAGCAGGUGUGUGAUUGUGUGUGUGUGGGUGUGUGUGUGUGUCUGCAUGAUGGAGGCGUCAUCCGAUGUGUGACCAGAGGGCCUAAUUGCAACAGACCAGAUGAAAGAUCCUAGAAGUUUGUUAAAUGUUAAAGCUGAUGUCUGUGGGAGGGGGGGUUGUUGCUCUCAUACUUAAAGUCUCACCCACGAUCAUCGAUUAGUUGAGGUCACGAUUGAUUCAUUCACAGCAACAGUCACAUGAAACCCUGAACGAAUUGCCCAACACACCCCUCCCCCCCCUUCCUCUUGCGGGUGGGUAUAAAUUACGCAGCGCGCCCUCCGCCCGACACAUCACGCACCACCCGCCAUGAACGCCGUCUUCCUCAUCGGCCAGGUCACCGGCGUGGCCUCCGUCUGCUGCAUCCUCCUCUUCGCCGUCGGCAGGCUGCUGUCCCGCCGGCGCGGCGGCGGCGGCGUGCAGGACGGCGACGGGCGCGCGGUGCUGAUAACCGGCUGCGACAGCGGCUUCGGACACCAGCUGGCCCGACGCCUGGACCGCCACGGCUUCGUGGUGUUCGCCGGGUGCUUGUGUCCGGAGGGGCCCGGGGCCCGCAGCCUGGUCCGGGAGAGCUGCGGCAAUGUGACCGUCCUCAAGCUGGACGUCACCAGCGACGCGGAGGUGCAGCAGGCCAAGAGGGUGGUGCAGGAGAACCUGCCGGAGAAAGGGUUGUGGGCCGUUGUGAACAACGCCGGGAUCACGGACUGGGCCGAGAUCGGGUGGAGCUCCAUCGGCGACUUCCAGAACAUGGCCGACGUCAACCUGUUCGGCCCCAUCAGGACGUCUUUUGCCUUCCUACCUUUGAUCCGCGCCUCCAAAGGUCGGAUGGUUUACACGUCGAGCAUCUUUGCCUUCUUCAACUGCCUGAACAUGGGGGCGUACAGCGUGUCCAAGAGGGGACUGGAGGCCUUCGCAGACUGCCUCCGGGUGGAGAUGGCCAGUUUUGGCGUGAAGGUCAGCAUCAUCCAGCCGGGGAAUUUCGGCCAAGCCACCAACAUCCUGAAGGCCAAGACGAGCGUGGACAUCUGGGAGAAGUUAGACGAAGAACGCAAGCGGCUCUUCAACCGGCAGUACGUCGACGUGGCCAACGAGUACUUCACCGCCACGUGCAAGAGCGGGUUCAAGAGCGCCGACAUGGUGGUCGACGCCAUGGUGCACGCCGUCACCUCCGCUCGGCCUAAAUACCGGUACCUGCUGGCCUCGGCGGCCGACACCUUCUUCUUCCAGCUCUUCCCGUUUCUGCCCACCGUCUUUACCGACGCCGUGUUCUCGUUCAGCUCCAUGUACGCCAAAAGAGAAGAAAUGCUCUACGCCAAAUAGGCUGCGGAGGAACCGGCGUGUUUUUGGGGGGGCUUCUGUCCUUCUACGUACAUGUUGCACAUUUGUGAAGAUAUUUUCAUGAGUCUGUUGUUUGGUUCUUGUAAUGUAUUCACUUUUUUUCAUUUUAUUAUCAAAGGAUGUAAAUACGAAUCAAUAAAAAAUGUUUGUUUCAACCAUC